AAUCGAUAUCCCUGUUCGCCAUUCCAUUUCCCCUGGGCUUGGUCGGUCUCAGUCAUGAAUUAGUCUGCCGCAGAGUCUCUCCCAAAACCAUCUGAACUUCUCGGCUCACUCAGUAAAGAUGCAACAAUCACAGCUGGACCCUCUGCCCAGUGACUUGCCCUUCAGGGUCAUCUCAAAGACCAUUGGGCGAGGGGCUUAUGCAUCAAUCAAGAAAGCCGUCCCUCUAGACGCAAAUACGCCCGUCUUCGCUGUCAAAUUCAUCCACAAGGGUUACGCCGUCAAGCAUGGCCGCGUGUCGGCAAAGCAGCUCCUCAUGGAGGUGUCACUCCACUCACAUGUCGGCCAGCACCCGAACAUCAUUGAGUGGUUCGCUUCGGGAGAGGACAGCAAUUGGCGAUGGAUUGCCAUGGAGUUCGCCGAUGGAGGCGACCUCUUCGACAAGAUUGAAGCAGACGUGGGCGUUCACGAGAACAUUGCUCACCUCUACUUUCUGCAGCUCAUUAGCGGCGUGAGCUUUAUCCACUCAAAGGGCGUGGCGCACCGAGAUCUGAAGCCCGAAAACAUUUUGCUAUCCGAGACGGGAAGUCUGAAGCUCGCCGACUUUGGCAUGUCAACCAUGUUCGAGUACAAGGGUCAACGGAAGACGAGUUCCACCCUUUGCGGCAGUCCGCCAUACAUCGCGCCUGAGAUUCUCGCGUGCGGCAAGGCAGAGAAGAAGGCAAACCCGGACGCGAUCAAGUACUCGCCAGAUCUCGUUGACAUCUGGUCAUGCGGUGUCAUCCUCUUCGUACUGUUGGUUGGCAACACACCCUGGGAUGAGCCGUCGAAGGGUAGCUGGGAGUACCAGGAGUACGUACGAACGAACGGCCGCAGCACAGAUGCGCUGUGGGGGAGGAUACCGUCAGAUGCCUUGUCACUGCUUCGAGGCAUGAUGAAUAUUGACCCGAGUAAACGCUUCUCUUUUCGACAGAUCCGACAACACCCUUGGUAUACUAGGCAAAACCCGCACUUGACAUCGGACGGCACGAUUUCCGACCCCAUCAACCUGGCCACGCAGAUGCUAGAAAGUCUCAAGAUCGAUUUCAACCAGCAUCCCACAGCCUCCCAGGGCAACCCAUCCAGCAGUGAUCCCAUGGAUAUCGAUAGCGCCGGCAAGGUCUCUUUCACUCAGCCUGAGACACCCAUCAACGAUGUUGCGUGGGAUUGGGAGCGCCCUGCCCUCAAAGUCAUGAACCCCAUUGCGGUUUCCUCCACACAACCUCUGACCCGAAGCGUGAGCGGCGUCGCCAACCGACGCUUGUUCAUGGAGUCUCUCGCGGAAGAGCCUUCCAUCAGCCAGUUCUCGCAGACCCCUGGUGUCCCUCUGACCCUUACACAAGCGGCCCGCCGCUUCCGCGAUAUCGUGCCGUUCGAGUCCCUCACACGCUUCUUCUCUCACGUGCCGCCCCAGCUCAUCGUGCAGAUGCUCAGCGACGCCCUGCACCAGCUCAACGUCCCGCUGCCGCCCGUUACGCCGAAUCUGUACUCGGACCACAUUGUCAUCAUCAAGAUCAAGACGCUCGACGCGCGUCGACAGUCGCUGCACGGCGAGAUUCACGUCGACAAGCACAAGCUGCCUGAGGAGCAGGAGCUGCUGGAUAUUCGGUUCGUGAAGAUCAAGGGAGACCCGCUGGAAUGGCGUCGGUUCUUCAAGAAGAUUGUCGUUCUCUGCAAGGAUGGCGUGUACGUGCCGGAUGUAUAGGAAGGAUGCCGGCUUGGAUAGAGUGAUGGAUUGAAAUGAUGUUUACGCUGUAUAGAUGUAUAGAUAAGACCUGUUACGAAUGAAGAAAGGAAAAUAAUACCCCGGUAAUGGUACUCUGAGCCAACAU